CAAUUUAAUGUAGUUUUUGUUUCGAUUGAGUAAAGUGCGAGAAAUUGAAAUGUUUACAAUUCGAAAUGUUUUAAUACUGGCAGCAUCCUUUGCACUCACUGCUAAUGAAAUCAAGGCUAUGCCAUCGAAUCCGGAAAUGUCAGCUGAGUUGGAGCAAAGUGCAAGAAAAGAUAGGGAGAUAAGUGCAUUGAAGAGAACGCAGGAAAUCAAUGAAGCAUUGAUCAACGAGUUACGAUCUCAGAUCCAAUUCCAAAUGAGCAUUAUUAAUAAAUUGAAUGGAAAUUCAAGCAUAAAUAUAUCGUGCUUUGAUCCGACAACAAUUCAAAUGCAAUUAGAGGAAAGUAGAAAGAAGUUUCAUCGACAAAGUUGUCAACUAAAAGAUGAUCAACUAAAUAGCAGUCUUCUCAUUGGCUGUAUAAUUACUAGUGAAUAUAUUACGCAUUAUGUUGUCAUACGAUAUUUAUCAGAGAUUGGGACCAUCUACGUCCCAUGCGAUUAUCAGUUGGGUGCGCCUGGUUGGAUGGUAAUACAACGGCGUAUUGAUGGAGCCCAGAAUUUUACUGAGAAUUGGGACACAUAUCGCAAAGGGUUUGGUUAUGCCGACAAUUCCGACUAUUUCCUUGGUAUGGAAAGGAUUCAUCGUCUGACGAGCUCGAGAUGCUACGAACUCCAUUUGCAUUUGGAGUUCGAAAAUGGUUCGAUAGCUUAUGCUCAUUACGAUGAUUUUCGAGUGUCGGAUGAGGUCAGCGGUUAUGCAAUCACUGUUGGCGCAUUCACUGGGAAUACAACAGAUGUUUUAAGAGGUUACGAUAAUGUGAAGUUCUCAACAUUCGAUCGCAACAACGAGAAUAUCAAUUGCCCACGCAGUGGACAAAGUGGCUGGUGGUUUAAGAGUUGUUCGGAGAGCAAUCUAAAUGGAAUGUGGAACCACUUCAACUGGGACUCUAAUGUUCUUCGAAAAUCUAAGAUGCUCAUACGGCCAUUGGAAAUUAAAUAAGUUAAAUUCAGGCUCCAGCAGCCAGUACUC